AUGAUUGACCCAAUUGAUAAAAUUAUUGAAGAAACAUUUGUUUAUAAAAUUGACACGCUUCAUAACCUUUCUUUAUCAUCGAAUGCUUCAAUGAUUCGUUACGCUUUAGCAUAUAAAGACUUUAAUCCUAAUGAAAAAUAUCCUGAGGAAGAGAUAGAAUCAAGUUUUGAAUUAACGAAAAAGUAUUGGAAAUAUAAAAUUGAAUCAUAUAAGAAACAAGAUGAAAAAGCAGAAAGAGAUACUAAAAAUAAUGUUUCAAUGGAUGAUUUUCAAUACUAUCACGAUUUAAUCCUUUCAUCUAAAUGCAAAAUGUGUGGUAAAGCGUUUACAUAUGCAAAUAAACCAACAUUGGAUAGAAUAGAUAAUGAAAAACCACAUACUAAAGAAAAUUGUCAGUUAAUGUGUUGUUAUUGCAAUGUCGUGAAAUCAAAUAAAGAUGAAGAUGUUCAACGUUUAAGAAUCAAUUUAAGAAAUUAUGCAUUAAAAAAUAAUUUACCAAUGACUUUAGAUUCAGUUGAAGCUUAUCACAUUCUCCGUAAUGGAAUUACUGGUGGUUUAUCAAAUGUUCAACAUCGUGUUAAUCUUAAAGGAAUCACGCACAUUAAUAAACUUUCAUAUAAUCCAGAAACUAAAACUGUAUCAAAUGAGGACACCACCAACAUUAUGACUCAUUUCGUUGGUGUUGACUUUAAUUCAUUAUAUCCUUCAUCAUUUUCAUCUAAUCCUCAUGAUUUCAUUCAAUAUACUGACCAUAAAAUGUAUAUGCCGGGAAGAUUGAAUGGUGUUAUCAUUUGUGAUACAGCAACAAAGAAAGCAAAAGCACUGGGAAUAAUUAAGAAGAAAAAUACUUUAUUCGUGGCUGAAGUA